UGGCGGCCACAGCCUCUUCCGGCUCUCUGCUAUGGAAGUGAAGUUGAUCCAUGUGGCUCUCGUCGUCUUCUUCCUUCUCUCGGUUGCCAUGACCAGCUGCUUCCUCUGGCAGUAUAGCCUUCCCAAAGUGGAGCCCACCCCAUCCGUGAUGGAGGUCAGGCCAGAAGCGGUACAGAUGUGUCCCCGUUACCCAGACCCCGUGCCUUUGGACCACCCAAUCCCAAUACUGAAGGAUGCCCUCGAAAAGGUAGACACGCUUCUCCGUCACAAAAUCCGGAGCCCUGGCCUGCCAGCUCUGUCAGCCAUCGUCAUCUACAAUGACACAGUACUAUGGACAGGAAACUUUGGGAAACGCAACGGCUCCGACCCUUUCUCUGGCAUCCCCAACGAAUACACCAUUUACAGGAUUGCAAGUGUCUCCAAGAUCUUCCCCACCAUCAUGUUGUACAAGCUGUGGGAGGAAGGGAAGGUGACAUCACUUGACGACCCUUUAGAACGUUAUGCCCAGAGCUUCACCAUUAAGAACCCCCUAGGGCGGCUCAAAGAGUCGGAGCAGAGAUACUCAGCGGAUGGACUGAUCUUCCUGGAGAAGGGAUCGCUGCCCCUCAAGCCGUCUCCAGUGACUUUGCGCAGAAUGGCCAGCCAGCUCUCAGGUUUGCCCCGACGGCUGCGCUCAACCACUUUGUUGUGGAAAGGGACAACCCAAGAAGCAUUGGCACUGUUGAAAGAUGAUGUCCUGGUGGCUGACCCAGGAACCAGAUGUCAUUAUAGCAACUUGGCUUUCUCGUUAAUGGCCCACGUCCUAGCCGAACACGCUGCAGAAGGCGAGUACCAGCGCUGGGUUUCUGAGAACAUCCUUGACCGCUUGGGGAUGGAGGACACGGGCUUUGACAUCACACCUCCCAUCCGCUCUCAGAUGGCCGUGGGUUUCUACAGCAGCGGGCAGACAGCACCCCUCUAUGACCUGGGCUGGUACAGACCUUCUGGACAGAUGUACUCCACAGCUGCUGACCUGGCCAAACUGGCCAUGGUUUUCUUGGGCACGUACCACCGGCGUCUCCUGGAGCCUGACACUGUGAAGACCAUGCUGACGCCCCUCUUCAAGUGCUCCAGUGAAUACUUUGCCAACAAGACCGGCACGCCCUGGGAGAUCAACGAGCAACUGGGCUAUGACAUCAUCAGGAAGGAUGGUGACCUGGAUGGCUAUUCAGCCACCUUCUCCCUGGUCCCCAAGCUCCGCCUGAGCUUCAUUGUGCUGAUGGCUGGUCCCCGUCCUCGAGGAGACGUCGUAGCUCAGACCUACGAGUACCUGAUCCCCGCCAUGGAGUCCGCCUUCCGCGAGGCAGAGAAGAGCCUCAACCCUCCCCCGAGCCCUACUCCUUAUGUUGGCUACUACACCUAUUCCAAUCUGACUUUCUACGAGAUCAAGGUUGGGGGCGGUGGAGUGCUGGUCAUGCAGCAGUUUGGGCCGCACAUCGAGGAGCUGAUCCCGGAGAAUUAUCGGACCAUCAAGCUGCAUCACCUCGAGGACCGCGUCUUCCAGGUGGUGUUUGAUAAGGAAUUCCCAUGCACCCUGCACUUAGGCUCCGCCUCCGUGUCCCUGGAGACCCAGGAUGGGCAGCUCUUCAAUUUCUACCCUUUUGAUCGCAAGGGCUUGUCCCCUGGCUUCGAUGCUCCGGGUCUGAACACGUACAAUGUUGUGCGCAUCCAGCGCAAGCCAGUAUUCUACAGUUAGCUGCUAGCAGAAGGGGUGAGGGAGAUAUUUUCUACUCUGAGCUCCCUGUAUCAACUUCCCCCAGGUCUGCCAUCCAACAACCAGGUUGCAGAAAAGAACGAGCCAGGUGGCAAGGAACCGGGAAUAUCCACCUCCGCCAAUGGCUUAGCUUUCCUCUUCCCUCUCCGAUACCCAACACAAACUCCACAGCUGUCCACUUGGACAUGCCCCAGUCACCUUAUGGGUCACUGAGACACGAAAAGUUUGGGAGGCAGUUUCCCACCCCCUGCAAUAGCAACACAGCUUCUGGGAUCACGUUCUUGGGACACCUUCUCUCCAUGCCUAGGUUCUGAUCUAGGCACAAUCUCAAAUCUUGGAGGAAAAGAGGGAGAAAGAGAGGGGGGGAAAUGCUUGGGCCCUUCAAAAAGACCAGGCGUAGGGAAAUCCUGUUCAGCCUGGGGUCUGCAUUCCCUUCGUGAACUCCUUCCUGGGGUCAUGUGCCUGGGUGGGCGGGGCCAGAGGCAAAAGCAGGUGGAUCAAUGAAUGUGAGUGUUACAUUUGUACAACAGACUAGCUGAUAGACACAUUCACAUACCCCUUUCCAUCCUCCGUCCAGGCAAGCAAGAGCCAUUUGAGUUCAAGGACACAGUACAGCCAGGCAAAAACA